GACUUUUUGCAUCUCAACUCAACGUUUGUUAGACAGCUGCUAUUCACAUCUUGGGGAAAUCCCCUUUCGAAACAGUUCUGGAGUUUUCUUGAAUCUUGAGUAUUCGAAUGAAUGUUUUUUGGCAUAAGACAUGCAGUAACGGUUGUAAAACUUUCAAUUUUGGGGCAAAAAGUGUGUAUUCAUAGUUGGAAUAUUUUUUAAAUAGUUUGUAAAAGAAGUAAAAUAGUUUAUUGGUGAACGAAAAACAGGAUCCCGACAUCUUGUUAUGCAAGAUUCUCGAUCUUUUUAACUAAAUAUACACAAAACACAAUGGCCAGUGGUACAGACAGCAGCCAACCAAAAACUGUGGAGACGGAAGUUAGAUCAAGAGCAGUGGUAACAUACUCUGCAGCCAAAUUCCCAGCGUUUUACAACCAGCUUGCCCCACUUACAAAUCUAAACCUUGCGCCCUCAAAUUGGCUUCGUAGAGCACAAGGUCUCCGUCCCAGCCACCUUAUAUCAGGUAGCAGACCAUGCUACAGUGAUCCUGGCCGCAGGGACAUGCCCUUGUUCACAAGCUUCAGUAUGGCAGAUAAACACUUGGAUAUUAUUGGAAAAAUAGAUGUGGUGUCAGAUGCUGAAAAUAUCAAAAAGCUCUUAAAGAUGCCAUUCAGCAAAGCACAAAUAAGCAUGGCUGUGCAUAGAGUUGGGAAGACGUUACUCCUUGAACAAUUUGACUUUGCUUCUAGACGACCAAGUGAAACAGAACCAGGUUGGUUUGGAAACAUUCAACAACAGCUAAGUAACAUACCAAGCUUACCUAAGAAGAAGCUUCCAUCUGCACAACAUGAAAGGCUUAUGUUGUCCAAGUUCUUGUACUACAGCAUACAUGCAAAUGAACAAGGUACUGCUACAGAAAGACCACCAUCUCCACCAAGCAGUGAAACACACAGUGUACCUGAUGAUAUUGAUGUAAUGAGGAGAAUAGAAGAAGUAGUAAGGAUAACACCUGAUGCAACAGAUUCAACAGACAACAGUUUAAAUGCAGUAGUUCCUUCAGAGCUAAGGUGGAAAUUUUGGACCCCGGGAUCUGGUAGUUUCAAACAGCAAGAUAUAAGUGACACAUUUGAGCGAACUAUUUGUUGGUCAUUUGAAGAUCUACAGAUGUUACUAGGUACUAACAUGCCCAUUUUUGGUGGAGGUGAAUACCCAGCAGUCAGUCUUAGAUUAAGAGAUUCAAGCAAACCAAUAAACGUACUCACUGGAAUUGACUACUGGCUCGAUAACUUAAUUUGUAAUGUACCGGAGGUGGUUAUGUGUUUCCAUGUCAAUGGGAUUGUGAAGAAUUAUGAAGUUAUAAGAACUGAAGAUAUUCCAACUCUAGAAGGGUCCAGAUUUCGUCCCAAAGUGAUUAAGGACAUCGCCCAAAACAUUUUAUCAUUUCUGAAAUCAAACUGUACAAAAGAAGGUCAUACAUACUGGCUGUUUAAAGGAAGCAAUGAAGACGACGUGGUGAAACUUUAUGAUCUCACAAUGCUGUGUGAUCAGAAGAAGAACAGAGGAGAUGAAAACUCACACAAUCCAUUUACUUUGUCUGUGGCUACAUUACUUUAUAAGAUGGCCGUUAAUUUAAUGCAACAGGCUUCAGUUGCUUGUAGCAGCAAAGCAACCAUCAAAGAAUUGUUAAAAAAUUGCAUCAAUCUUCUGGAGAAAAACUCCUCUCUUGACCCAGUGAUGUUAAUGGGAGCCUUAUGUAUGUUGUCUACAUUAUGUUUACCAGAUUCUCCAAGUGAAAAACCACCUGUUGACCUCAAUAAAAAAGAUCGGCAAAAAUCAAAUUUAUCCCUCAAGUCCCACACGGUUGAAAAACCAAAUAUGGAAGUAGCUGUAAUACCAUCAGUAACUGAGUUGUCGAUACCCGAGAAAUAUCGAAUAAAGUUAAUUUCCGAGUCGAAUCAGGUCGAAACAGAUGGUUGCCAUUCGGCACUUACUCAUAUAAUACAAGCCCUUAAUGUGAGAACUGAUGAAGAUAAUGAUCCUGAAUUGUUGGAAGUUCGAAUCCAGCUUUACCGGAAUAUUUCACUUGCUUAUUAUUCCCUUGCUGAGCACGAAUCGAAACAGGAAAACUAUGGUUUAUCGCUUCAGUUUUUGCGCAUUGCACUGCAGAGUUAUGAAUUCCUUGAAUACUUGAUGACCAUCAGUGUAAAGCAAGCAAAACAAGGAUUGAUCACUCCUCCGGACUUCCAUCUCCUACUUCCUCGUCUUCUCACACUCUGUGGUGACAUCCAGUGGAACAGAUCUCAGAGCAAGAGCGAAGAUGAGAGGAGAAUCUUCUGCGAGCAAUUCUUCUCCGUAUCGGACACAGAGAUCGCUGUCUGCGAUGCAAUGAAUAAAUUCACGGUUAUAUCUGGUCAGGAGUAUGUUUGGUUGACUGAUUUACAAAGCGAAGUUGGUGAAGGUUACAAAACAACUCGGCAAUGUUAUCAGUCAGCUCUUGAAAAACUUCCCAACAAACGAAAAGAUAAAAAGUCCUCCUCAUCUAAGAUGAAGGCAGAAGAUCGUGGGAAGAGCCGAUCCCGGACAUCCGAGGAUGAAGGGAUGGUCUUCAUGAUAAAGAGGAAACUCGGACACGUAGCAAACGAGCAAGGCGCGCUUGGGAUUGGAGAGGCAGUUACUUUGUUGAAUGUUACUUCUUAUAAAGACAAGGAUAAGCACAACAACCAGCAGAAGGAAGUAUGGAAAAUGACUUAUUCUCAUCUAGAACUUGCAUUAAAUUGUUUCACAGUAGUUAAUGAUGCAAUUAAUCAGGCAUUGGUGUUAUCCAACCUUGGUAAGUUAAUGAGAAUUUGCGCUCAAUCCAUUGCACAAGAUCAACAAGAUAACUUUACUAUGGAUGAAGAGACUUUACAUAACCGUGCAAUUGACUAUUACCUCAAGGCAUUGACUCACCAUAAUAGCAAUCAUGACCGACGCAAUGACACUGACACUUCAAAAUCAUUAUCACUUAAUAUACAUAAUAACUUAUCAUGGGAAGUAUGUGGUGCUUACUUUACCAUGGCACAACGUGUACAAGACCAUUCACCAUUGCACUUAAAGUCAAGAGAACAAAUUGAGCAACAGACAUCAGACUUACUCCACAAAUCAUUGAAACAUUGCAAUAAUAUUCUAAAAUCAAACGAUAAAAAGUCACAAGCGAUCAUGAGGUGUGCGAAGAUACAUCACCGGCUAGCAUCCUUGCACCAUAACUCGUUUCGAAACGUGACCGAAUCCACAAAACGACGACACUGCAAAACGCUCGCUGACUCCCAUUAUGACAAAGCAAUUUUGUUUUUCCAUCAACUACCAGAUGAAAGUUCGACGGAUUAUUUUCGUAUUUUGCUCGAAAAACUAGCGCUACAUGAAAACUGUAUUGAAACUCAUAGCACGACUAACCCAACAACCAAAGUAAAGCAAAUCUUGGAAACAUUAGGUCUUUCCAUGCCUUGUAUGCGCCCACUGUCAUUACUCCACGAGUUACUACAGGACUUUAUUCGCCAUAACUCUGACUCUUCAUCUCCAGUUGAUUUACCAGAUACACGAACUACAGAUUUACAAAUAACCUCAUCAAGUAUAGAUGAAUGGACUUCUCUAUCUAACGUACUUUCCACUGUGUUACAAUCGCUGCUACUCAUGUUGGUAAAAUGUUCAGGUACAACAAGAACGACAGCUAAGAAAAGGCCUACUGCCCCAAGCACACACCCUGCACAUACAAAGUAUAAAGAACUAUACACCAAGUCUUUACAUUGCUUGACUGUUUGCAGCAAAGAUAUUGAUAAAACCAGCAGUUUAAACAAGCACAAGUACCUUCUGGAAAGAGUAAAAGCACUUCUUGCUAUUCUGAAUGAGACAAAAAUUAUUUUUAAAAAGUGAUCAUGUUACUGCCGGGUUAUAUAACAUUAAUUGAAGUAUUUUAUAAUGCAGUGUUACAUUUAAGCAUGGUGGUGACUUGUGUGCUUAGUGCUACUUUGAAUUCAGAAACUCGUUAAUGGUAUGUUAAAAGUAGUCGCCAUAUCUGUUGUAUGAGGAAAAACUUUUUCUUCAAAAUGUUGCAAAAGUGUUUUAGCAAUGAGAUUUUUCUCAGUUUUCUCGUUUCUGACUAGCCGGCUAUUUCUUGGUUGCAAUAGAAAAUUUGUACCGUCCUUCAAACAAAGUAUUGUUUUGAAUCUAGCUGUUUCAGUAUGUAAACCAAAGAACAUAGAUA